GCAUGCGAUGUCCUCCACUGGUCAAACAUUGCGCUGCACACUGCAUUGGUUGGAACUGGAAAGGAGUCUUGUCAGAGAUUUCCAGUCUUGUCAGUGUUACUGGGACAAAGGCGGCGUGUGCGGGAAAGCUGUCAGGUGCCUACCGGUAGUGAUGUCAAAGAGGAUGACUCAGACACCCGUCAUGACUAUCAAGUUAUACACCCUGCGCGGCCCUUGGCGAGAAUGUGACUGUGCACAGUCCACAGGGUUUCCAAUGCACCCUCCGAUAUGUUCCCAUUGGUGGUGUGUCGAAUUGCACUACAUCAACCCCAGGUUCAGGGUCUCCUGGGGCAUGGGGCAUGGGGCAUGUGGCCUUUUCUCUCGCAAACUCUCUUGUGGAAUUUGUUAUGUGUUGGAAUUGGAAAGCUGCAAGUAUUCUUUCGAUUAUUAAAGUUUAAUUAUCGGCCGCAAGGGAUGCUCAAGAAUCACCGGGAAAGAAUUUUAAAAAAGGGGCAGAAGAGGGUCAAAAUUCACCUCUGGCCAAACAUGACUUUCUGGCAAAACAUUUUGAUCAGCAAGGGCAGUGCCCGACGACUAUUUUACUCGCCCUGGACUGUCUAAAAGGUCCACGCCAUUUGCGUUAUGGUCAUCCUCACUUAUCUUACUCUUACAUCUUGCAGGGCUAUUCGAGGAGAUCCUGAAGGCAAAUCCACCUACCAGAAGAAAGGCGAAUCCUCCAACCAGGAAGACAAGCGUUCCGCUUCACGCAAGCACUACGAUGAAGACAGCAAGGGCUGCGAUUACAACAGGGAAUCCAAGAAAUUCCGCGUCGACUCCAACUCCGCAAAAUCAGAAUCCAUCACCAAGGAUGACUUCACCACCCUGUCUUAGCAUUUGCUCGUCCAUUACCAUACCAUCCGUGUCAGCAACCCUCCGAAAUUUCUCCUCACCACCGUCCAGACCUCCGCAAAGCGAUCUUCACUCUUCAGGAACCCGCCUUUUGGCUCCGCCCUCCAGAAGACUUAUUUGCAGCCUCCACUUCAUCCUCUUUCUCCAACUGGAAUCUUCUUCUCUCUUCCGCCUCCCGAAGCUUUUCUCACUUUGUUCUUCAAUGGAUCAAGCAUGGAGUCAAACUCAACUUUGUAGGCACUACUCACUCCCCCACCCCCAAGAAGAUGGAGGUCCGACGCAUGCUAAAGGAUGUUUGCUCUGCUUCUCAAUUCAAGCAUGUUCUUAAGCUUAAAUUUUCACCCCCAACAACCAUCCCUAAUCACAACCUCCUUCCUCAUCACCUCCUCCGUCGCUCAACUUCUUGCUUCUCAUGUCAUAGAGUUUCCCCCCUCCCCAAUCGUCAUCAACCCAGUGUUCGUUAUUGGGAGGUCUUCUAAAACAAUAUUCAUUCUGAACGUCAGAUUUGUUAACCUCUUCCUCUCCUUUCCUCACUUCCACUAUGAAUCCUUCGACGAUUUGUUAAUUGUCCUUUCUGGUCAUUCUACUCAGGAUUUUCUUACUUGCUUCAACAUAAAGAAUGGUUGUUAUUCACCCUGAGCACCGUCCUUUCUUUGCUUUUAAUUGGAAUGAAGCCCCUAAUCGUCA